AUGGUGGCAGAUUGGGUACAAACAAAGACAUUAACUUCAUCAAAAUCUGCAUCACCUCCUGCAGACCAGAAUACUCCACAACUCUGGAUGUACACGGGAUCACUUUAUGAUCCCUUAGAUGGGAGAAAGAUUGCUAACAUACAGGGAUUGGAAUGCGUAUCGUUGUGGGAUACUGUGACAAAUUCGUCUGCACUUCAGAUGGAAUCAUUGCUCAAGAAUCCAAACGCUACUUUUGACGAUGCUGCGACUUUGAGAAUGUCAAAAGUAUUUUGCUACACUAGCCUUGACGACGACAAGCCUAGUCUACUACGGCAAAUAAGGAUCCGACCAAACUCGCCACGAAAAACGAUUCCUUUGGAUCAAUCCAUUGCGCUUUGGGAAACCGCAACGACCUAUGUGUCACGUGGAGACCAACUGUACGUCCACUCGGAGUGGCCCAGUGGCGAGCAUCUUUGGGCACAAACAAGGCCUUCAAUAAAAGCACGGCAGGUGCCAACCACCUCAACAUCGCCAUCAAGAUCAAAGAGCGAUUCCAUACAAAGUGGUGGCAAAAAGGGAAGUCCACAAGAGUUUACAGUUUUCACGAAACGAAGGUCUCCAAAAAGCCGACUGUUCUUGCCCGACCUGACAUCCAAAACAAGUGAAUCUAGCAACAACGAAACUGUUGUGUCUCCGAAGCGUUCAACAUGGAUUCAAUUUGGAAGCAGCACCCUGGAAACACAAAACAAGUUUGGAGCACGGGAAACCUAUCAGAUAACAUCCUCACCCAAGAAAGAUGAUCUGCCUCCGAAGCCAUGGUGGCUUCCAAGACUACCUAGACGAGAACAAAGUCCAACGCUAUCGUCGGAGGCUCGAAUUCAAUACACUCGCUACGGAGAAGGUCCACCGUUCUACGCUCCAGGUCGCAUGUGUAUGCUUGAAUUGGAAGGACGGCCGAUUGAUAGUCUUGGCGAUGCAUCGAAUCUCUUGCAACAAGUGAUUCGACAACGCACAAGAGGAUUUCCCCACAAGGCAGCUGGCAGUGCGCAGACGGAAAACGAUACGUUUCCAUUUGGGAGUUUUCAGCUGAUUCCUGAUUCCACGGUGGACAAAUCGGCACUUGGAAAGCUUCAAUACAAGGCUUUGCAGGGCUGGGAUACGCUGAAGCGAUUGUCGAGUUUUCAGGCGGGUCCUUUCAGGUUUGGCUUGUAG